CAGUGGGGUCCAUCCGGGUCCGGAUAGGGAAACGAUGUGGGGGGCUGGAGGGGGCCGGGGCUAGGAUCCUUCCCCGUUCCUGACGGGGGGUGGGGGUGGGGAGAGGAAGAGCCUUCCGGGGGCUCGCCCUGUGUCCGCCCCGGGAGGUUUUGAGGAAGAGGCUCGGGGGGAGGAGGCCUCAGGAAAGGUGACCCUCAUCAAGACAGGGGCGCAGGAGGGGUGGAGGGGGGCAGGGUUCCCAUGAGGGGAAGCAAGGGGGGUCCUCCUCGGAAAUUUGCAGGUGCCCCUAGGAAACCGAGUGAGGGGGUUUGGGGUGAGUCCCGGGAGCGUUUCAAGCUCUCCGCCAUCCGCAGGAUUUUGAAUGGGCUCCGCCCUGAGGGGAAACUAGGAGAGGGUCGGAGUUGGGAUCAGGGCCCCUGAGGAGACUAUAGGGCCCAGUGGAUAGGUCACCCCGGGUGUGCGCGUGGUGUUUUCCCCAUAGGGGGGUUUAGAGCCAUGGCCACCCGGCGUUUAACAGACGCGUUCUUGUUGUUGCGGAACAACGCGAUCCAAAGCCGGCAGCUGCUGGCCGAGCAAGUGAGUAGUUACGGCUCCUCCAGCCCUCUGACUUCACGUAGCAUGGCUGCUGCGGAGCUGGAUGAGCUCGCAGAUGACCGCAUGGCACUGGUGUCGGGGAUCAGUUUAGACCCUGAAGCAGCUAUCUGUGUAACUAAGAGGCUACCUCCAAAAUGGAUUGAUGGAGUGGAAGAAAUCCGGUAUGAGGUCUCCAGGAUAAAACAGAAGAUGAAAGAAUUAGCCAGUCUGCAUGACAAGCAUUUAAACAGGCCAACUCUGGAUGACAGCAGUGAAGAAGAGCACGCAAUAGAAAUAACUACCCAAGAAAUUACACAGUUGUUCCACAGGUGUCAGCGAGCAGUCCAGACGUUACACAGCAAGUCUCGAAGCUGCACAGACCAAGAGCGGCAGCUUCUGAAGAAUGUUGUGUCUUGCUUAGCGCAGUCCCUUCAGGACCUGUCCACCAGCUUUAGGCACGGGCAGUCUGACUAUCUCAAACGUAUGAAGAAUCGAGAAGAAAGAUCCAAACAUUUCUUUGACACUUCAGUUCCCCUUAUGGAUGAUGGUGAGGACACAACACUAUACGAUCGGGGUUUUACAGGUGACCAGCUAGUAUUAGUGGAACAAAACACAGUGUUGGUGGAAGAGCGGGAGCGAGAAAUCCGACAAAUUGUACAGUCCAUUUCUGAUCUCAAUGAAAUUUUUAGGGACUUGGGAUCAAUGAUAGUAGAACAGGGUACAGUUUUGGAUAGGAUUGACUACAAUGUUGAACAAUCAUAUGUUAAAACAGAAGAAGGGUUGAAACAGCUGCAUAAGGCUGAGCAAUACCAAAAGAAGAAUCGGAAGAUGCUUGUCAUUGUCAUUUUGUUUGUAAUAGUAGUUGUCCUUAUCAUUCUUCUCAUUGCUGUCAAAUUUCGCUAGGUAGCACUCCUGUGAUGUUUUUCUUCCUCUGUGUUUGUACGUUUCGGGAGGUGGGGGUGUUGUGCUUCUUCCCCCCCCCCCUUUUGGUUUGUUUGUUGCUGAUACGAGUGGUUGAGCCUCUCACUCUGGAACGCUGCCUUGUGAAUGAAUGUAGAAGCCCUAGUGGUGCAAGAUCUGUGCAAUGUUUCGGGGGGGGGGACAAAACCCCUUUCUGUUUUACAUGCUAAAUGACUGCGCAGAUAGUGGUUUGCAAAAAUGCGAGCAAAAAGUAUUGGGAAUUUUGAGAAAUGCUCCCAAACCAGGCAUCUGGCUAUUUAUCCAGGAUGUAGAACACUUAAAAUGCAUCUUUAAAAUUAAGUUACGGACUGAAAUGUUUCAGAAAAGCAUCAUAAUCUGGUUGUAUCGAGAACCCAAUAGUGUUGUUUGCCAACAUUUAUGUUACGGUUAAUCUUAGGUUUUUGUGAGCUGCCUAGGUUUCUUUUUGGAGACGAUACCAAAAACUGUGGGUUGGAGGUAAAACUGCCUUAAAUGUAAAAAGUGUUUGAUUUUAACUAGUUUUCCUCCAGAUUUAAGAACUGUGUAGACUUAGUGGAAGUGAAACACUUUUUAAAACAGCAGAUAAUUUAUAUCAUGUGACUUCAUACCAUUAUUAUUAUCAUUAUUCCCUUGAGUGGUAUUUAGCAGUGUAAAUAUAACUCCCCAACCAUAAUGAGUGCUACAGAAAUUUUAAAUUAUUUUCUCGGCUUCAAAUAAUCCAGAAUGUGCUUCUUCUCUCCCUGUCGUGCCUCCGACACAUGUCCUUCCCCUAAACUGAUUUAUGUACUACUGUACUGUUGUUCUACUACAUAUAUUUUGGAAUAUUUGAAUGUUAAGCACAGCUGGAAGGAAAUCUUUUGCUCUUCUUCUCCUCUUCUCCCCUGACCCCAAAUCUUUAUUCGCUAUCAUGUGAGCCUCAGUGGUGACAGCCUUCAUCCCCUACUUCCAAAUACUGAAUUGGAAAAGGGGUGGUGGUUUUUCAAACGUGUAGCUUAAAUCAGGUGAAAUAAGCUAACCAAUGCAUAUAUUGGAAUCAUGGAUCUAAAUUGAAAAACGUUUGUCCUCUGUCGGGCUCUGGAAAGCCUCAGGAGAAACGGGGGUCAACAGCUGUGAUUUAAAAUGCUGUACUACUAUGCUAGAACUCCUUGGUUCCUCCAAUGCAGCUGGCAACUCUGCCGAGGGAGCAUUUUUUAGCAGUUUUAACUGGAUCCUAAAAGUGCUGGGCAAUUUUAGGGACCUUUGCUCCAUUCCUUUGUUGUUGUUGUUUUAAAAGAUACCAUUCCUUUUGUGAAUAAUUUAUUUAAAGCUUGUGGGGUUGUACCUCUAGCAGUGUUUUGCAGUCACUGUGAUCUUGUCUGUGCCCUCCGCACCUCACCUUUCCCCCCAGCUUUUUGCACCACUCAGAUUUCUUUGUAGAAUGAUGAAAACAAUAAAGAGACUCUUGCCUUGAUCCACUCCAGGAUUAAGCCUGCUGGUUAGAACAGAGGAUAAUGUCCCCCUAGGAAUAUCUCCUGAAAUAAAGAGAUGCAGCAUAACAGUGUGGUGAUCUCGUGCUGCUCCCUAUGUCAGCGCGGCUUCUCCCUGUGGAUUGUGUUCCAAGUCAGCACUUUCAGAUCUCUCUUACUCCCACAGAUCAUCGUAUAGGGCUAUAAAAUGAGCUCAGUCUAACACGCUACAUCUUCAUCAUGGGGCAGUAUAACUAAAGAGCAUGGCACUGGUGGUGAAUGGUGGAUGUUGUCCUGUACUUCCUGCUUGAUGGACUAUUCAGUAUAUGACAUAAGACCACAAAACACUGGGGACUAGAAUUGCAUCAGUGAAUAGUUAGUUUGCCCACCUUGCAGGAAUGUGUUGCUGCUUUUAUAGCUGGGUGUUGUUGCAGGUGUACCAGACCUACUGCUUAAAAACCUCCAAGGAAGGAGACCCCACCACCUCCCGAGGGAGACGGUUCCACUGUUGAACAGCUCUUACUGUUAGAAAGUUCUUCAUCUUGUUGAGUAGGAGUCCCCUUUCUUGUAACUUGAAAUCAUUGGUUCAGGUCCUACCCUCUGGAGGAGGAGAAAACAAGCUUGGCCAUCUUCCAUGUGACAGCCCUUGAGAUAUUUGAAGAUGGCUAUCAUAUCUCCUUAGUCUCCUCCCCUAGCCAUAUCAGUCUUAGAUGAAUUGAUGUAGCCAGGAAACAGGUUUACAACCUAUGAAUUAAAUUAAAACCAUGAACAAUCCAACAUAGUGCUUUCUCUUCCUUCCUAGUUCCUUUCAAGUUAUUUUUUUCCUUUGCCAAAAUUUGACAUGAUGGUGUUGAAAUUGUCCAUAAACAAUUUGCUAAGGUCAAUGCGAACCCUAGAACACAUCUAGUGUCUGCCUGAACAAAAGUUCUCUAUGGUGUGACCCACUAUGCCAGCAUUGAUAAGAUUAUCAUUUUAUAUAGCACCGUUCAUGUAUAUUAGGGGCGAGGAAUCUUCUUCUUUUCUGCCUGAGAGCUCUGCUUCCUACUGGGCAACAUUGCCCGGGCCAUAUGUCAACAGUGGGUGCAGUAAGAGGCAAGGGCACAGAUGUAAAUUUUAACCAUUGUACAGUUGGCUAGUUUCUAUGCACAUCCCUCUUUAUUCUCGCCCUAGGCAAGCGAAAGGCAUUAUCCAUGUUCAAUUGCAAAAGCACUUGGAUGCAAAGCAAGUCAGUGAGAGGUAUGUCCCAGAGGUAGUUCCAAGGGCCAGACAGAGAUGCAACUGGCCCCUUGGACUGUUGUUUUCCCAUGCUCAAUGUGGCUGCUGGCUUACGGAAUAAACAAAUAGGUUUCUGCUUCAAGAAAUGUAGAGUCUCUAAGCUUUGACAAUGCAGAGAGAAUGAGGAUUAAGUUAACAACAGAUGAAAUGUGAGCCAAUGCGACUGUACUUUAGAUUCACUGUUGGGGAUGAAGGCUUGUGGUUGCGAGGACUUUCUGUUUCCAAACCCUGAAAGGCAGUCAGGAAUUGCUGAAAUGUUCCUCAAAUCCAAACACUGAUGGGACAGAAGGAAGAACGACAAAUAACUUAUCCAGCCAUGGGGUUGCAGAAUAAUAAGUACUGUACAUGAAACGCUGUCGCAACAAUGGCUGGCAAAUGGCAUGUAUUUUUGCGGACUGCUUUUAAUUCUGGCUUAAAAUUCAAAGCCUUCUGCUUAUAAAUACAGACAGGAAAAAGUGGGCAGCAAUCUUAUUUUGGGGGUAGCAGUUUUAAAUCUAUUUCACUGCCAUCCUCAAAGAACCCUGUGAAGAAUGAUGCAAGCUAAUGACAGGCCUACUCAGAGUAAAUUUGUUUAAAUUAAUAGGCAUUGCUAACUUAAAAUUAAUAAUCGGUUGAAUGCAACUCAGUGCUUUUAGCAUACAUAGAGGUGUACAAAUACUUUUUCAGUCUUAUCAUUUCAUGGUUAUAAUAUGAAGUCUCAAAUCUGGGCACUUAGGUUUCCCUUUUGCGAGAAUCUGUUUUACAGCAACUCCUUCUUGUCCACUUAGUCACAGAACAAAACUCAGGAGGGGAGCAUCUGAUAAAGGCUUUAUUAUUGUUAGCAUACCAAUCCUGCCUAAAAAUGUGGGUUUUUUUAAAAAAAGAAAAUGCCGUACCUGGCGCAGAACAAAUCAUACAAAGUAAACGGAUGCAAAUUUUGCUUAACUUCAUUUUCAUAUAUAGUGCCCAAAAAGCAAACCAAGCACUCACAGAUUCUUUUUUUCCUUUUUUAAAAAAUAACAGGCUGUAGAAGCUAGGAAGGGGGUAAAAAAGGAAAUCAUAUGAGAGAAAGCUUGAGCAAAGUUAUUAAUAUUUAAAAUGGUUUUUCCCCUCAAUAUGGUUGUGGAUAAAGCAAGGCAGGUCAGGUGUGGGGAGGAGGGCAUCCUAACUCUAAGGAAAAAUUUAUGCUUUGUGGAUGCAGGAUUUAAAUGUCUGUGGGACUUACUUGUUUUUGUGAAGACACAGCCCUGCAUAGGCAUAUCUCUUAAGGCACUAAAACAAAAUCUUAUCUUCAGCCAGCAGAGCUUCCCAAGGCUAUUGGGAAAUGCUUCUGAAGUUCUGUUUGUAUCUUGUACUUGACCCAUUUGUAAAUGUCUAGUGCGCUGUGUUUUCUGAAGGUUAACACAAAUCCUCAAUUGCUCUGAGAACUAUUAACUUGAUUGGGACAAUUUCUGAGGACUCCAAUGUAAGAUAUGUACAUUCCAAAGGGGUUUCAGACCCGAGGUUCCUUCUGUUCAUCCAUCAUAGUUUCUGUGUCAGAUGACUGUAGUCGGAGAGGAAUGAAGUUCUAUUUAAUAUUA